AUGUGGUGUGUAGCAUUAGUCCGAGCAUUCACAAUGCUUUAUCUUUUCAUUGUUUCUCUUUUCAUAAGCUCAAAGGCUCACCACCUUGCUCAUGAACGGCGAGCUUGUAAAACAGAAAACAUGUUAUAUAUUCCUGACGAAUUUGAUUACUAUGAAGAACCAGUUGAACUAUUGUUUGAUUCUGGAAUGAGUUUGAAUCAUGUUCCUGUGACAAGAAUUUUGGAAGAAGAGUGUGGAUUGAGAGAUAGAACCUUUCUGAUAAAUAGAGAAAAAAGAUCACCAAUUGGUAAACAAGUUUUUCGACUUGCCAAAUAUUUCCAUAAUUUCUACGAAAGAAGCAAAAAAACGCUAAGUCCGGAACUCUUGAAAGGAAUUGCCAAAGCAAUGGAAAAACUAGAACAUGUAAAAACUCCGAUGGAAAAAACAAAGUCAUUGAUUGGAAAAUUCUUUAAUGAAAUGUGGAAGGAUGUGGGCAAAUUGAGAGAAGAAGUAAAAUACGAUCAUCUUGAGGAGCUACUAGAACAAACCCUUCGAACAAGUCUUCAACUUUUGAUACGAAAUGAAGAACUCUCAGAAAUCAUUCUCAACCAUCCAAUUAUUUUAUCUAAAAUUAAACGACGAAUUCCAAUUGACAACUCCAAACUUCUAUCGAUCAUAACUGUUAAAGAAGUAUUUUGUCACCCAUUUUAUCGAGAUUCAAAAGUUGCGAUUUUUCUCAAGCUGAAAAUUCCAAAAGUGAAGAAAGUGAAAAUUGAAAAAGUGAGCAUUUUCUUGAGAAAACAACAACUUUAUUCCUCAUUUUUUGUGUGACGACAUUGGAACUAUCAAUGGAAAUUUUUAUGAGUACUACGAUUUGCCAACAGCGACAUUUAAGCAUCAUGGUAUCAACUUCAAAGUGGAAAUUGAAAGGUGUUUUUCAGAGAAUUCGAUUUUCUGCCCACCGGGAUCUGUACGACCAACACGCUGCUCUGUUGAAAGAUUGCAUAGAUGUGAAUUAAUCAAAGAAAACCUGAAAAUAAAAUUUGUACGGGAGCUGCAUCUAGGCUUCGCUGUGUAUGGAGAAUUCAUGCAACAUAUCACCAAAAAAAGCGAUGUCGAGUAUUCCGGAUUCACAGACCCAUAUCAAUUGUACCAUGUAGUUCCACAAUCAAAUGAAAUAAUUUCGAUUGGAAACUAUGAGCUCCAACAAAAGACUGAUUACAAAGAUACAGUCAUUAGGCAUAUCUGA